AACUGCCAAUCUGCGGCUGCGGAUUGCACAGAGGAAAAAUUUAUAAGAUCGAGAAUAUGUUGAUUCUUUGAUUAAUGUUAAAAAUCUGGAAUCUAGAAUUCAUAUAGUUUAUCAAUAACUAUAAGUAGAAAAAAAAUUACUUGGCAUAAUGCCGCCAAAAAAACCCGCUGCUCCGAGCAAGAAGGUCGAGCAAAAGAAAAAAGAAAAAGUUAUCGAGGAUAAAACUUUUGGCAUUAAAAAUAAGAAAGGAGCGAAACAACAGAAAUUUAUACAACAAGUAGAAAAACAAGUAAAAUCUGGUGGUCUUAAUCCUCGAAAUGUUGAUGAUCUAAAUGCCAAGAAGUUGGAGAAGGAAAAAAAAUUAAAGGAACAGAAGGAGUUAGCCUUGUUAUUUAAACCAGUUCAAUCUCAAAAGGUUGAAAAAGGGAUCGAUCCAAAAUCUGUGGUAUGUGCAUUUUUCAAGCAGGGACAAUGUACGAAAGGAGACAAGUGCAAAUUUUCUCACGACUUGACGUUGGAAAGAAAGGCAGAGAAGCGUUCGCUCUAUUGCGAUAUGCGAGAUGAAGAUAAAGAAACUGAUACUAUGGAUAAUUGGGAUGAAGAUAAAUUAAAGGAGGUUGUAGAAAAGAAGCACGGUGGAGGAAAUCGACCCACGACCGACAUUAUUUGUAAACAUUUCUUGGAAGCUGUUGAGAAGUCGAAAUACGGUUGGUUUUGGGAGUGUCCUGUGGGUCAGAAAUGUAUUUACAGACACGCGUUGCCUCCUGGAUUUGUUCUUAAAAAGAACAAAAAGAAGGAGGACAAAAAAGAUGAGAUUUCGUUAGAGGACCUGAUAGAAAGAGAGAGAGCCAAUUUAGGUCCAAAUCAGACGAGAAUAACAUUAGAGAGUUUCCUGGCAUGGAAGAAGCGAAAACUAAAGGAAAAGAAAGAUCAAGCAAUCAAAGACGAGGAAAAGAAACGAAGCGAUUACAAAGCUGGUCGUCAAGUUGGUAUUUCCGGAAGGGAAAUGUUCUACUUUAAUCCAGAUCUCGCAAUGGGAGAUGGAAUGGAGGAAGGAGAUGAGGCAUUUGACAGUUAUGCUCUCGAUGAAGAUGAAAAUUCUGAUGGUUUGGAAUACAAGGAAUUGGACUUUGAUAAGCUCACGUUUGAAGCUAGUGAAAUUGAUACCGCUGGUAUUACCAUUGCAAAGGAAGAUCGAUUAAAGAGUGAGAACGUGCCAGAAAUAAAUGAAGAAUCUGUGACAGUUGUUGGAGAAGGUGCUGCAGCUUUAGCAAUUAAUGAGAACCUCUUCACCGAGGAAGACUUGGAAGGUUUGGAGGAAGAAUUGGGGGACCUGGACUUUGAGGAGUGAUCCAGAUGUCCCUUUUUAACUCUCCUCAAUUCCCGUCCCUUCUUUUUUUUCUUUUUUGAAAGUCUCUGCAACCUUCAGAAUAAUUCAAUUUUUUUGUUAUGAAUGAAAUUGUAAUUCUUCAAUCCACUGCGAUUAUGUAAAUUACGCUCAAUAUAAAUAUAUAUCUUUAAUAACUUAUUAUUAUCAACAUCAGGAAAAAAAAUGGGAUAAUGAAAAAAGGGGGAAUAUGUUAUUAAUGGAUUUACAAUAAAUCAUAUUGAUUUAAAA